GAAAUUUGGCAAGUUAUCACGCGAAGAUCUGCUAUAAUCGUUGAUUAAUCCGUUGAGAGUAGAUGAAUUAAUAUAACAAAAUUGUUUUUAAGUCCCGCGCCAGCACAGAACGUCGGUAAUAAAAGGCACGGUCAGUCGGUAAGUCCCAGAAUUGAAAUUCUGUCUAGUAAAACAUUAAACGCACCCGCAAAGGCCAUCCAUAUCCAGCAUUUUCUCUUCAGUAAGCAAUGCUCAAGUUGGUUUUGCAGACCCAAGAGGGUCAGCAGAUAGAAGUAACAGUGAGUGCGGAUGAUACAUUCACAGAUUUACAAAGACAGUUUGAGAGUCCAGAGAAUCCAAACCUACCCGAACUCUUGAAACAUCUAAUAACGAAUGGAGAAUAUGUGGAUGAAAGUAUGAGGGUAUUUGAUUAUGUGACGAAUAGUAGUUCAUCAGAAUGGCUAGCAGACGAAGCUAUAAAAAAUAUAAAUACUUCAGAAACGGUCGAUACUUUACAAACAAUUGUAGACCAUACAUCAAUAAAAGGAUGUUGUGUGGAUGGCUGUUCUAACACGGAAUUGACCGUACCAAGUAAAGCUUUCUUUCCUCUACCAACUGAUAAAGAUAGGCUAUCUUCGUGGUUAAUUGGUUUAGGGAAAUCAGAGCUUAUUGAUGUUGAAGCAGGAUCUAAGACUGAAGAGAAUCAUUUUGUUUGUGCCGAUCAUUUUCCCCCUCAUCAAUUUUUAAAGGGGACCAAUCAGGUUCUAAAGCGACGUGCGUGUCCCUCAUUGAAACCGUUCACUUCAGAAGAACCAACAAAUACAUUAGCAACUCGGUCAGACUGCCCUCCUAAAAUAGUAUUUGUACAGUCUGAAACAAUUGAGACUGAGACACCUUUACCUCAAAUCAAAGAAGAAAAUGAAGAGCCAAACCACCUCGGGGCAGUGGAUUACAAUAUGCUGGAAUGGAUCAAUGAUUUCAAGGAAACAACUCAUCCAGGUGUAUUAUGCCGUUUGUGUGGAAAACCUACGUUUAGUCCUGUCUACCUCUACUCUGAGCUAAAUAGCAGUAACGAAUGCUCUUUAGCGGAUAAAAUAAAUUUAUGUUUACCCAUCACGGUGAAUGCCAAAGAUCCCCUGCCGAAACAAGUGUGUACAGAAUGUUGGGAGAAGCUUGAAAUGUGUCAUGAACUUGCCACUAAGUGUCUUGAAACGGAAGAUAGAUUAAAAGAAAUGUUUGAGUUGAAAGAAUUCAACGUGAAAGAUACCGACCCACAAGAGUGUCCAUUAUGUGUAACUGGAAGCAUGCAACUAGUGACCAAAAGUGGAAUUUAUCGCAAGGACAAAACUGAGAUUAUUUCUGAGAGUCUGAGCAAUUCCAGUGCUCGGACCAGACAAGUUUCGCCUUUGAGGAAUAUGAAUAAUAAAAUAGGGAGUUUGAGUUCGACAGUGGAUAAAGAGCCUCUUCAGGAAAUACAUGCUAAUCUUUCUACCGCGGUUGUAGGAAAAUCAUUUCAAGAUGAAAAGAUAUCAACGGAUUCUCCAUCGUAUAUAUCACAAGGUGAACUAUCGUGCUCUCUUUGUGAUCAAAAAGAAACUAGCAUUGAGAGUUUAACCCAACACGCAAAAGAACAUGACGGCUAUCCAUGUACUAUAUGUGAAGAUGUGACCUUUACAACGAUUAACGAACAGCAACUACACUUUUUGAAACACGGCGUUAAUGAUGGAUACUGCGAAAUGUGUUCAAUAGAAUGGAAUAACGUCAAGGAUGCUGCAGAACACAUCAAAAUUUGUAAGCCCGAAGUUUGCAGCAUUGUAUGUGCUGAUUGUGGUGCAAAAUUCUCUGAUUUUGAGUCGGGAGAGAAUCAUUUGUGUCCAACAUCCGAACUUGAAGAAUGGUUCGAGUGCGAUCAGUGUGGGAAGAAAUUCAGACAAAAGAGUAGCUUGAACACACAUAUGAAAGUCCACGAAAAACGCGCGAUAUAUUAUAAGUGUUCAUUCUGCAACAAACAAUUUAACCGAAAAGGAAGCCUUCACAAACAUAUUUCAAUGCACCAUGGGGAUGCAGAGUCCACCACCGCCCCAACAUGCUACAAAUGCAGAAAGUGUGAUGAGGCUUUUGCUACUGCAGCCCUUGCGGAGACUCAUAUAUCAGAGAAGCACUUUAGCCAAUUGAUAAUGACAGAUACGAAUUUUAUCAGCGAUGAAUUCACUGCUGGAGAAAUCAAUUUAGCUCGUGUUUACAUGUGUGAAUAUUGCGAACGGUGUUACACAAUUCCUAGUUCUCUACAUAGCCACAGACAAACAGAGCAUUGUGAAAAUACAAACUACCAAUGUAAAGUUUGUAACAAUUCCUUUGAGACUUACAAAUCUUUGGUACGCCACAAGAGUUUGCAUGCAAAAGAAAGUGAGCUUGAAGAUUUGGGAAUCAAGCAGUAUUAUCUUUGUACUUAUUGUAACAAGACAUUUUUACACUACACAACUUUGACUUCUCAUAUGUCACAGCAUCAGCAACCGCUACCAUAUUUAUGUCGACUUUGUAACUUCCAAUUUGCCACAUACGAAGAGGUAUCUGAUCACAAGAAAAUAACACAUCCUUAUCAAUCUGUGCUACACGAAAGGCCGAACAAUUUAUUCCAUUGUCAGUAUUGCAAAAAAAGCUUUUAUCAUGAAGUAGCGCUGAUAAAACACAUUCGUAUGCACACUGGUGAAAAACCUUAUAAAUGUUCUGUUUGCGGUAAGGGAUUCUCUCAAACAUCUGGUUUAUACACUCAUCUUAAAGUUCAUUCCGACUUGAGACCUUACAGUUGUCCCCAAUGUCCUCAAACGUUUAAAAUCAAAGGCGAUAGAGACAAUCAUGUGAAAAAACAUUCCGGAGAUCGGCCUUACAAAUGUGACUUCUGUAAAAAGGCAUUUAUGACGCAGCAUGUUUAUAGUCAGCACCGUAGGAUACACACUGACGAACGUCCGUAUAAAUGUGACGUAUGCGGUGAGGCAUUUAGAAGAUCGCACGUUUUGACUGUUCAUAUGAGACGACACACUGGAGAAAAACCUCAUGUGUGUGAUAUAUGUUCCAAGGCUUAUAGACAACGUGGAGAUUUAUUAAAGCAUAGAAAAAUACAGCACGAUGUUGGGCCCGAUAGUUACAGCAAUAUAGCAAGUAAUUCAAACACAGGUAUUACCCGUUCUAGCGAUGUCUCAAGUACUGAAUCUACGAACGUGUUUCCACCCGUUUGACAAAUCAAAAGAACUACACAGCAUGAAACAGUCGAGAUCGUUGAACCAAAAGAUAUCUAAUUCCUCAUUUACCUCAUAGCAAUUUAAAUUAUUUUACAAUUUAAUUCACUCCAUACAAAGUCAGCUCGGUCAGAGUACUCUAAUAUAUUUUGCAUUCUUAACCCCUUUACUACGUUGAGCCUUACUGUGAAGUUCUUUGUGUAGAACGGAUUGUGCCACCUAUUUGGCAUCUUGUGACCAGUGACUAUAGUCGCCUGUCAUGUGCAGGUGUCAGUUUUUGGCAGGUGACUACAGUCACCCAUAGUAGCAAAGGGCUAAGUUCAUUAGUUAUACAAAUUAUUUAGUAAGAUUUCCAUUAAAUACAAAGAUCUUUGACAAAAAAAAAAAACAUU